UUUUCCAUCUCUUUUCUCUUAACUUGACUCGAACUAUGGUUGCAGUCAAUUAAUUGGCAUUUUAAAGAACAAUGCCCACUUAAAUCUUAAAUAAAUGUCUUCAGGAAACAGUUUCCAAAUACAUCUUUUGUGCUUUUAAUUCCUUUAUUUUUAAGUUAUCUCCUGAUUGCUGUCAUUGUUUUUUUUGGUUCUAUGUAAGAAUCAUCACAAAAGAAAAUGGCAGAAAAUUCGAUUCUUUACCCUGCUUGUAGCUUCAUUCUAAAUCUUUUUACUCUCUUUUCUUGUUUAUUUGGCACUGUAAUUCAAUUGAGCAACAUGGCGAAUAUAACACCUUCAAUAUAUCUAGCUUCAAAUACCCAGAAACCCAGAUCAGACCUUUUGCUAUGCGUUAUAAAUGAGGAUAUUAAAAGUGUUGAAAAAGUUCCUAAAAGUGUGCUGCCGAUGAUAUGUUUCAGAGAAGGCAGCCUCCCGUUGCCAGAUGUCUCAAACACUUAAUUAAGAGAACUAGUCUCACUAUCUAACAGCUCUUUUGAAGGAACACAAGUACUGCAAAAUUCAGAGCAGUGUUAUCCUGUACCAAGAAAUAUGACAAUGGAGUUGACAAAUGAGAAGUAUUACACUCAGUGUUUUAAAAAGCGCGCCUAAGGCGCUUUGAGGCGCUAGGCGAGGCGUUUAGAAGAAAGCCUCCGACCACCAAGGCGGCGGCGAGUACAUGAGGCGGAGAUUCAGUCGUCGGAGGCGGCGAGAGGCGACGAGGCGAUGCUUUUAGCGAUUCACAUACAAUGACCCAUUUCAGACAUAUGGAUAUCAUUGUGGUAUGGAUCAAGAACCGUUGAACAUCAAGGCCCUUCUUACUCCUUUGCGGCCAAUAUCACCGUGGAAGGAUGUGUAACCUCAACAAUGCAUGGGCAAUAUUGCAACCAAACUGUUGAACAGCUUUCAUGUGGUCUAUCUCGCAAUAAUUCUGGAAAUGGUUCUGCAUCUGGGCUCUUCAAUCAAAGCAUGGUUUCUUGCAGGAACAAUUUGAGACCUCUUGCCUUGAAGAUGAAGAAAUGAAAAUAUACACCUUAGAGAUACUACGAAUAUCUGAAUUCUUAACCAUUUCAGCGGAAAAUGUAAGGUUAAGACCUUUAAGUAACACUCUGAAUACUAGCGGAAUUGACUUGAUAUGCUAUGCUCGUUAUGGUGCUAUGCCUUCAGCUACAUGAUUAUUCUGGUAACUUAAAUAAAUCCCCCUUGGUCAUUAACUCCCCAAAGGUUGGUCUGUGGUAUAUUUCUGUUCUAGCCCACAAUCUCUCGAAGGUAAUUGGUGGGUCCCAAAGUAAUGUCUCAAAAGUUUGCUAUUCCCUUCAUCUACAAGAGCUUGAAUGUCCAUUGGGGAAGGCUGGGCCAAACUGUUUAUCUGAAAGAUACAUGCUUCAGACGGUUCUCAGGAAAGAUUCCACCCCUUUUGAAUCCUAUUUUUUGCCAUACAGUGAGAAAGUGAUGUUGGGUGGUGCCGAUUUUCAUCUUGAGCCCCUUUUAAGCAACAACUCAUUUGGAGUAGAUACCUGGACUUAUUUUACUCUGGACAUUCCUCGUGGUGCAACUGGUGGAAAUCUCCAUGUUCGGCUGAUGUCUGAAAGAAAGAUAAAUCAUGAAGUAUAUGUUGGAAACGGUGGAUUGCCAUCACUUGUUAACUGGGACUUCUAUUAUGCAAACAAGUCAAGAAGCAGUCACGGCUCCAUGUUUUUUGUAUUGUACAGUUCAGGUGAAGAAAAGGUCGAUUUUUACAUCUUGUACAUUAAGGAAAGAAUCUGGAAUAUUGCAUUAAGGAAUCCAAACAGCACUGGUGGCACUUCCAUCAGGCAGACUACUAUGCCUAUUUCACUUGAAAGAUGCCCGAAAAGGUGCUCCUAUCAUGGUGAUUGCAGAUCUGCUCUUGAUGCAAGUGGAUUAACAUCAUACAGCUUUUGUGCCUGUGACCGGAACCAUGGAGGCUUUGAUUGUAGUAUUGAGAUUGUAUCGCAUCAAGGACACAUAUGGCAAUCAAUUGCUCUAAUAACGUCAAAUGGUGCAGCAGUGCUUCCUGCUUUUUGGGCUCUCAGGCAGAAGGCUUUUGCAGAACGGGUGAUCUACACGACAAGUGGGAUUUCGAGUGGAAUAUAUUAUGCAUGUGAUGUGGGCACCUGGUGUGCAUUAUUGAUAGGGAAUCGGUGGUGGGUUAAUGAGCGUUGUUCUUGUUGAAGAAUCAAACCUAGAAAGUUCUAGACUCGGUGAAGAACAAUGGGGAAUGAAUAGAGGAAUGUGGUGGCAACAAAUAGGGUUCUUAGGGUUUCUUUUAGGUGUUGGAAACAAGGUAAGAAAUAAGAUUAAAACAAGAUAAAGAAAAGAUAAAGAAAUUGAAAAUAAAGUAAGAUAACCAAUAAAUUAAAAGAUCUCCUUUAUGAAGGUAAACGAUACAAAUGAUUGAUGGUGUGGAUGGAUAUGUGGAAAAUCGAUGGAUAAUGUCUUAUCGAGCCAUCCUAGUCGUAAUG